GUUUGGAGACGUUCUGACGGGCAUCAGACUGACUGACUCCGCCCUCCGGCACCUGCACGCGCCGCGGAGAGACCGGAGCUGAACGCAACACGUUAUUAGUGAACGACAGAGAGCGCACGGAAGGUCCGCUCCGGGGGAAACGGUGUUCGCGGACGGCUAGGCGGGCAUGUUUUCUAUCGUGAAACGUACUUAGAGUAUAAACUCGUUUAAAGACGCCACGACGCGUUUCCAGUGGCGUUUGCCUGCGUUUUAAGCACCGCGCGGAGAACCGAGCAGCGGGCGAGAGCGCGGAGCGCAGCGGGAGGAGAGUGCGCGCACACAGGGACACUCACGCGGGGCUCUACGCCCUGCCAGACAUGGCUGAUCGUCGGGGCGCAGGGGGGGUCUCCAGAAAGACGCUCGAUGCUCCCCACUGAAGAAGCAGAAGAUGAUGAUGAUGAUGAUGAUGAUGAGAAGCAGCUCUCCACAAUAACGACCUAUCAUCCACUAAAGCCUCGGAACAUGGAUGUGAUUAUCCCCUACACCAGUGAUAUGCCCUGUGGGUCACAGAAGAUGUGGUGGGCUUUCCUCGCCUCCUCCAUGGUCACCUUCUUCGGGGGUCUCUUCAUCAUCCUCCUGUGGAGGACCCUUAAGUACCUGUGGAUGGUGUGCUGCCACUGCAAGGGUAAAAAGAAGGACGUGCAGCGGGUCAGUAACCCGGUGGUCCUCAGUGACGGUGUGGUUAAAGUGGUGGGUCAGCGGGAGGCGGAGGCGGCGGUCACCGAGGUGGGAUGGAUGACCUCAGUGAAGGACUGGGCCGGGGUCAUGAUCUCUGCUCAGACGCUCACAGGACGUGUGCUGGUGGUUCUUGUCUUUGCUCUGAGCAUCGGAGCCCUUGUGAUUUACUUCAUCGACUCCUCCAAGUGAGUUUAUGUCUUAUUU